CCUGGGAAAGCAGAAAGCAUUUCCAAUGACAUAACCGCAGGGGAAUUUUCCAGCCUGUUUCUUGGAAGAGGUCCAAAUUCUUUCAUUAUAGGCAUUCACCUUACCCAAAAUGACUUCCUGAAAUUAGAGUCCCGAGACUUUCUAAUAAAAACGAUUCUUUCUAGAAGUCACAUCUGUAACUUGUGAGGCAGACACCAAGUCGACUUCACCAAACUAAAAACAUCGACACUCUGCAUCCAGCCACCAAAUUCUGCGCCCGCCCCGCAGCUAUUACACUCCAUUAGAAGGAAUGUCUACGCGUGAGUCAAAACCCCCUGGGAUCUCGGUACUUCGGUUACAACAUUUGGUCAGGGACACAGUCUUGGCCCGGGACCUCCAUCUCGUCUUGUCACCACUGGCCCACUGGCACGUGGCUGGCAGGACAUCUACCCGCAGAGACAGCUCCGUCAUUACUUGUGAUGAUUUAGUCGAACGACUCGGGGCGCGCGGUGGCGACUUCGCCUUCAUCCACCAUUUGAUCCCGUGCCAGCAGGAUAUCCGGGUGCUCGGCCACCGGCACCACCGAAGCGAGCCCCGGGAUCGCGGCCUCUCCGGCCGGCGUUGCACGGAAGACAACCGGCAGCACCAGCCGGCGAGGGAGCGGGGCUGAAGCUGCGGAGGGAGGACGCGCAGCCCUCCGCGCGCCCAGCGCCGCGACGCCCGGUGGGGAUGAAGGCGAACCGGAGCCCCUGCACCUAGACGCCGUUGGCCGCGCCCGGGCGGCCGCGCUCCCUCCCGGGGAGGCGGUGCGGGGCGGGGCCCGGCGCGCGCCGGCGCGUGGAGGCCGCGGGCGGUGGCGGAGCGCGCGCCGGCGAGGGAGGGGCGCGCGGCGGCGGCUGCGGCCUGUGGCGCCGUCACCCAGCAGAACCCGGCGGGCGGAGCGAGGCGCUGCUGCUGCCACCGCUGCCACCGCUGCCAACGGCCCGGCGCGCGGGAACGACUCGGGGCUGCGCCGCGGGCCGGCCCGCCCUCCUGCCGUCGUCGUCCGGUUCGCGGACCGCGCGGGUCCCGUUACCAUGUCGCUGAGCGAGCGCCUGGCUCGGCUGGCCGCGCGUCUGCAGGACCCGCAGAAAGUGGCCCGUUUCCAGCGGCUGUGCGGGGUGGAAGCGCCGCCGAGCCGCUCCGCCGCGGCCGCCGCCGUGCCGAGGGAGGGCGAGAAGGCGGAGGCGCCGCUCUCCGGAGACGCCCGGUGCCGAGAGCGACAGCCUGGGACGUGCGGCGGCCCCCAGCCCCCCGGGAGCGACCGCAAUCAGUGCCCGGCCAAGCCGGGCGGCGGCGGCGGCGGCGCCCCCAACGGCGUGCGGAACGGGCUCGCCGCCGAGCUGGGCCCGGCCUCGCCGCGGCGAGCGGGCGCCCUGCGGCGAAACUCGCUGACCGGCGAGGAGGGCGAGCUGGCCCACGUGAGCAACUGGCCGCUCUACUACCUGUUCUGCUUCGGCACGGAGCUGGGCAACGAGCUCUUCUACAUCCUGUUCUUCCCCUUCUGGAUCUGGAACCUGGACGCCCUGGUGGGCCGGAGGCUGGUGAUCACCUGGGUGCUGGUCAUGUACCUGGGCCAGUGCACCAAGGACAUCGUCCGCUGGCCGCGGCCCGCCUCGCCGCCCGUGGUCAAGCUGGAGGUCUUCUACAACUCCGAGUACAGCAUGCCCUCCACCCACGCCAUGUCCGGCACCGCCAUCCCCAUCGUCUUGGUCCUCCUCACCUAUGGCCGCUGGCAGGAUAUUAUUGCUGGAUUCCUAUAUACCAUUUUAAUCUUAGCUAUCUUCUAUCCAUUUGUGGACCUGAUCGACAACUUCAACCAAACUCACAAAUAUGCUCCAUUAAUCAUCAUUGGGCUUCACUUUGCCUUGGGGAUCUUUUCCUUCACUCUUGACACCUGGAGUACAUCCCGAGGAGACACAGCUGAGAUUCUAGGAAGUGGUGCUGGCAUUGCAUGUGGCUCCCAUGUUACCUAUAACAUGGGCCUAAUGUUAGAUCCUCCUCUGGAUGCGUUACCUUUAGUUAGGCCCCCCAUUACUGUGACUCUCCUUGGAAAAGCCAUGUUGCGUAUCCUUGUGGGGAUGGUAUUUGUACUACUAGUCAGAAUAAUAAUGAAAAAGCUCACCAUUCCUUUAGCCUGUAAAAUCUUCAAUAUACCAUGUGAUGAUGUUCGAAAAGCGAGACAGCACAUGGAAGUUGAACUCCCUUAUCGGUACAUUACCUAUGGAAUGGUUGGUUUCUCUAUCGCAUUUUUGGCUCCUUAUAUAUUUUCCUUUAUUGGUAUCUCUUGAUAGAGAAAUAUUGUUUACGAUAAGAAAGAAGGGUAUCAGUUACUGAUCUCUAAAAAUAUAUUCUAGUUAAAAGCCAAAUCAGAGUUAGGCUUUUGCAGGAAUUUAACUUAAAUAAUUAAGUAAAUUCAUGAGUUCGUGCAUUUUACCAUUGCACAUCCAGAUAUUGUUUAGGUGAGCUGAGCUAUUUCAACACUGAAAAAAUGAUUAGUAUUCAUUUAGACUGUUCAUGUAAUAUUUGGAGAGUUUUGUGCUGUUAUGGAUUCAAGAUAUAAUAUAUAUUAAGAUACAUAAUAUACAAUUAUGUAUCUAAUAUAUGUUAUAUAUAAAAUAAUAUAGCUACAUUUUUAAACUGGGGGGGUGUAUUAUAAAGUCAAUAAUAAAUAUGCAAACAGUUGUGCCUGUGUAUUUGGACUUAAUACAGGCAUGUUCUUAUUACAGAUAUAUUUAAUGUUUACUUACUAUGGGAGCCAUUUCCUAAUUAAUGCAUAAUUACUAGACCAGAAUUCAUAUGCUACCACAUAUUAAUUUAUGCCUCAUUUUACACUGCCAUCAUGUUACCCAUGAUGUUAAAUAUGGGAGGCAUUUUAUUGGACCAAAUUUUCAGAAAAAUUAGUUUUUGGAUUCCUUUUUCCCCCCAGUUCUGUACUGUCUUGAAUGUACUUUAUUUGCAAUUGUUCCGAACAUCAGUUUAAUAAUUCAGGUACUGAAUUUUAUUGCUUGCUAAUUGUGCCUUUCUGUUUGCCGUAUAAGAAAUGCCAUGUAUACUGUGAUAUAAAAAUAAGAUGCUAACUUAAUCUUAACUUACAUGUAAUCAGGCAAAUAUUUUUAAAAUAUGUUAAGCUAACAGGGCUAGAAGUAAAACACCCUCAAUUCUUUAGCCUUUGUUUAGAAAGAAAUGUGGAAUGGGCUAAACCUUCUCGCUAAUUUAUUGGGAAACUAAAUGGACAAAUAUUUCCAUUUUUGUAAGUAUUUUUCUGUGCACUGUAAGUUAUAGGAAUAAGAUAUAUUUUUUGUACAUUGUCUUGAUUGUUUAUACUACAGGUAGAUGUUUCCAGUUAAUGGAAAAGUAAUUGAAAUUUAUAGAUGGGACAAUGCACAAGCUUCAGAUAUAAACAAACCAUUUUUCUAAAUUAUUUGGAAAGGACUGGGUGUGGCGGUUACCUUUUAAUACUGACUUAUUAGUUACUUAAGGUAAAUUAUAAAAUCAAAAAGUAUCAGUAUUUAGAUCCUAUUUUUUUUUUCAAAUUUUCAGAGGAAAAUUUGGUAUAGUAUUAAACUAUUCUUUAUUCUGUCUGUGCCUUUAUAUUUUUGAAGUGUAAUUAUAAUUAGGUUAACAUUAUGUUUAUUUGUAGUAAGUUUUUCAUAAAGAAGAAAGUUAACUUUCCAUAAAUGAGCAUCAGGUAUGGAAUUACUUUAGUGCAAUAUCUGAUUAUCCAGAAGUAUCCUUUCAGAUGUUUCUAUUUUGGGCAGCAUAACUAUUAAAGCUCAUAUUUUUAUAAUUCUGAUUGAGAAUUUAGAGACAUGGUAAUUUUUACCAAUACUGAAUCUGAUCACUUUAAAUAAAGCAACCAAAUUUGGGACCUUUAUCUAUUAAUAGGCAACCAAUGCACUUGGGAACAUAUUGCUAUGUUGGAAAACAUUCAAAGAACUUUUCAUUCAAAAUGUGUUUAAUGAAUCAAAUUUUAGGGACUAUUUCCUAUAAUUUGGGUCCAUGCUAUCUUAUUAAUUUUUAUAUCUAGCUUUAAAGUUAUUUGAAAAUAUUCCAUUUCUUUUUGUUUUAUUAUUUUCUGUUCUAUGAUAGUUCCAUGCUAAAUAUAUUUAAAAAUAAAAGCCAAAUUCAGGUUG